CUCAGCUCCUUUUGUUCUGCCUGCCUGUCUGUCACAGCCGGAAGCCCUCGCUGAAUGAUGUCGCGCUAGCUCUCUACGAUGACCCUGACCUCCCCCGUUGAUCAUCCGUGGGCUUCUGUGCAUCUUCCUCACUGAACUCCGACUGCCCGUGUGAGCUUCACCAGCUGCAGCUCCCGCUCCCGCCCGAAACGGCCGUCAGCCGUAUAGGCCCUCUGUCGCCUCAAACGCAGCAGGACAGCCUGCUUGCUUACCUGCCUUAAGCCCCUCGGGAAGCCUUUUGUUUCGCACUCACAUCAUGAUGCAGUGGACGUCAUUCGUUCAGAAAGCUCAGUCUCUUAUCGACCCGGCUAACUUUACCCUUCCCACCCUCACCUCCUCCGAUCGCAACCCGUCCAAGGCCUCCUUGUUUCGCCAGCAAUUCCGUCUGCCCGAUUCCCAGAACCCCCUCCAGGAGAUCACGGCCGAGUUGAUUCUUCCCAUACCGCACACCUCCACAUCCCAUGGCGACGCCACCCGCAACCUUGACCGCGCCGGAAACCGCUAUGCCGGUCGGCUCCACCUGAGUGAACGGUUUAUCUGCUUCUCGACUCAGCCUACAAGCUUCGCACCGUCUGCUAGCCUGGGUGCAUCCACCCACUGGGCCGGCCAGACCAAUGGGACAGGCCCGUCAGGAAAUGGAUUCACCAUCCCGCUGUGCUGCAUCCGGAGGGUGGAACGCCUCAACAGCCUCGGCCAUGUUUUCUCCCUUGCAUUGACAACGUGGAACGGCGCCUUGGGGAAGCAGCAAAACCCCGACUUUGUUCCGCAACGGUUCACCAUCCAGCUGGCUGGAAGCAGGCAGGCCUGCGAACGCUUUUGCGACGGGUUAAAGAAGGGGCUGCGGGAGUGCAUGAAGGAGAUCGAGAACCUGCGAGUAGUCGUCAAUGAUUGCUACUCGGAAUACCUGCUGUCUGGGGCCAAGGCUAAGGCCCAGAAUGGAGAGACCCCUGAAGCGCGCCAGCCGCCCGACGCUGGGCUGGGGAUGAUGUUCCGUUAUCCCGGCGAUGCGCGCAAGCUUCGGGACCGCAGUAAAAUGAGGUUGUGGGGGGAGUACUUCAGAGAAAAUGGUCGCAACGCGACGCUCAUCCGCCAGCCCACCUUCCACAAACUGAUCCGUGUCGGUCUCCCGAAUCGGCUACGAGGAGAGGUCUGGGAGAUAACCUCUGGCUCGUUCUACCUCCGCCUGAGGUCGCCCAAGUUAUACACAGACACCCUGUCGAAAUUCUCGGGACAAGAAUCGUUGGCGAUAGACGAGAUUGAGAAGGAUCUGAACCGCAGCUUGCCAGAAUAUCCCGGAUUCCAAAGUGAAGAGGGCAUUGGUCGCCUCCGAAGGGUCCUUACGGCCUAUAGUUGGAUCAAUGCGGAGAUCGGGUACUGCCAGGCCAUGAAUAUCGUCGUUGCAGCACUGUUGAUUUAUAUGUCGGAGGCACAGGCUUUCUUUCUGCUGUCCGUCUUAUGCGACCGCCUUUUGCCGGGCUACUACUCAACAACAAUGUACGGCACGUUGCUCGAUCAAAAGGUGUUCGAGUCCCUCGUUGAGAAAACCAUGCCGGUGCUGUGGGAGCACCUCACCAAGUCCGAUGUCCAGCUUUCCGUUGUCUCCCUUCCAUGGUUUCUGUCACUCUACAUCAACUCCAUGCCGCUGGUCUUCGCCUUCCGUGUCUUGGAUGUCUUUUUCCUGGAAGGGCCCAAGGUUCUCUUCCAGGUCGGACUGGCAAUUCUUCGGAUCAAUGGCGAGGAACUUUUGGAUAUACAGGAUGAUGGCUCAUUCAUUUCCGUGCUCAAGUCUUAUUUCUCUCGCCUCGAUGAGUCGGCCCACCCAAGAUCAGAGAACCCGAAAUUGAGGGCUAUCACUCGGUUCCAAGAGCUGAUGGUCGUCGCCUUCAAGGAGUUCUCGCAGAUCACACACCAGACAAUAACGGAACAGCGCGAUAAGCACAAGGACGCAGUUCUGGAGAGCAUUGAGAGCUUUGCCAAACGCACAUCCAUUCGCAACCUUGGGCCUGAUAGUAAGAAGCUCAGCAUGGACGACCUGGGCGUCAUCUACGACCGUUACUACGAGGUUCUCUACGAUCGUCAGCAGAGGGACAAGCUCCUGGAAGAGGAAAGACGGCGCCAACAAAAGAAAAGAGUCGAAAGAACAUCCAUACUCGGGCCUCCUGUGGAUCGAGAAAUUGGUCGCGUUGGUCUUGGACCCAGUCCCACCCACAUGGACUACGAUGCGUUCCGGGAUUUCCUUGCAGCAACAGCGAAAUGGGCCGUUGCGGACUCGCCCAGCCCAUCACGCAAGGAUUCCACAGCUGAGCAGGGCUCCUUCCGAGGAUGGGGCAAGACCUCUUCUCUGUUGAACAGCAAACCGGAACCAGCAGAUCACGAGUUCAUGCAACGGCUUUUCCGCAAAUGGGCCACGGAUCCAGAUGAGGGUAUCAGCUUGCAGAAUGUAGUCAACGGUCUCGCGCGACUGAGAGGUCCACGUGAUAUUAUGAACAAUAUUCAAUAUUUCUUUGAUCUCUAUGAUGACAACGGGGUUGGCAUGGUGGAUCGGGAGGGCAUCCUUCGCAUGUCAGAGGCGCUCCUGUUCCUGUCUCGACGAGGCUUCGAUGGGACCAUCACCCCCACGCAAUCGGUGGAGGACAUUCGGGCCAACGAGAAUGAGCAGGAUAAACUGAGCACCUAUGAACGAUUCCUGGGCAGUGUCAGUUCCUUCAUUCGUCGCUGUUUCGAAUACGCCGAUCCCAGCCACCCCGAAAGCAGAGCCGCGGAGGGGCAGAAAGAAACCGACGACGCAGCCGAUAAACUUGGAUCUUUCAGCAUCGGCGAUGACGAUGAGGAGGACCUGAUCGAUGUGGAUGACGGUGACACAAAAUCAACCUCCUCAGCCGUGACCGAAAAGCCAGCGAAGCCAGAGUCCGAGAACAAGCCCAACAACCCACAACACAACCGAGCCUUGUCCCAGGCCGCAAACCCCGCCCUCGACCCGAACAACCCGCUACACAUCACUCUCCCGACCUUCCGCAUGGUCAUCCUGGCCGACGAGCUGCUGGAGCAAUUCUUCGACAGCUUUUUCCCGCAGUCGUUCCGCCUCUCCGACCACGGAUUGCACGUCCUCGCCUCGUCGUCUCUCUCCUCCAACCUCACCACAUUCUCCAACAUCGGCGCCGCCAAGCCCCAGCUCAGCGCAGUCUCCGGCGCCUCCGUCGCCGGCGCAUCAGGCGGCAUCGUACCCCCGGGCAAGGGCCUCCGCGGCGUCCUCGACAACAUCGUCUCCGACGGCAUCCGCAUGGCCGCAGAGGUCAAGAAGCGCAUGGACGAAGCGCAACGCGAGCUGGAACGCAGCGCCCUCAGCCGCGCCGACGACGAAGAAGAGGAAGACGACGACGAAUACGACACCCGCUCCGGCGCCGCCACCGCCUCCGCCAUGGCCGGCGGCAUCUCCAGCUGGGGCGCCGGCGUGUACGGCGCCGACCCCGAACGCCGCAGCGUCCGCGACACGGAUCGGGAUCUCCUCGAGGGCGCCGAAGUCGUCAGCAUGCGUGGCAAGGACGACGCUUCCCUUCUCCUCGACGACGACGACAACGGCCAUAAAGACGCACACAAUUCUAACCCGCCCCACGACGACCCCCACGUCAUCAGUAAAGUCGAGUUCGAGUCAUGA